GUCAAUUUACUGUGCGUUGUGGAUGGUUAUAUCGAAUGCAAUCAAAAAAAAAAAUCUAAAAACCAAAGAAAAUUUUUUGUUUCUUUUUUGUUGCUUCGAUAUUUCUGGUAUAGUGAUUAUCGUCAAUCAUCAAUAAACCACCACUAUUGUAUUGUUUAUGUUGUGCUCAGUAUACGAGUCUAAAUCAAUUCAUUAACAUAUUUUUUAAUUGUUGUUUAUUAUCUUUAACAAACAAAAAAAUUAAUUACAAAGUAAAAAAAAAUGUCGGCCGAAGAUAAUUCGAAAAAUAAUUCUAAUGCUGAUAAUAAUGAUGGUGGUGAUGAAAUGAAUUUGAAUUAUAAACCACCGGCUGAAAAAUCAUUGUCGGACAUUGUAUCAGCGGAUAAAGAUGAUGAAAGUUUAAUGAAAUAUAAGGAAUCACUUUUGGGCAAAGCUGUACAAGAUGUUGUUAUUGUUGAUGAAACAAAUCCAAAACGUGUGAUUGUCAAAGCAUUAUCAUUGUUGGUUGAUGGUCGUCCUGAUAUGGUGAUCGAUCUUAGUCAAGGUGUUGAAUCUGUGAAGAAAAAAGUCUAUACCAUUAAAGAUGGUAUUGAAUAUCGAAUCAAAAUUGAUUUUUUCGUACAACGAGAAAUUGUUACCGGUCUUAAAUUUCAGCAAAAAAUUUAUCGUCAUGGUAUGAAAGUAUUGAAAACGAUCAAUAUGGUUGGAUCAUAUGCACCGAAACAUGAAUUACAAUCAUAUACAACACCGGUUGAAGAAAUGCCAUCUGGUAUGUUAUCACGUGGUACAUAUACGGUUAAAUCAUUAUUCACCGAUGAUGAUAAUAAUGAACAUCUUAAAUGGGAAUGGUCAUUUGAACUGAAAAAAGAUUGGGAUUAAUAUUCAAUUCAUAUCAUUUUCAUUAAUCAGAAAGAAAAAGAGAGAGAA